CCGGAAGUACCGUCAAUACGCCCUCUCGCGGUUAAGCCUUGGCCGAAGCUUGUCCGCGAGGGAGCGCAUGCGUUUGCUGGCAACGAUGAGCGAGGAAGGUUCCUUUUGCGCGAGAGCCGCGCGGCCGAAGGUUCACCCGUUGCGGCGUCUUCGGAUUUUUCGGCAAUCAUGGGUUUCGUUAAGGUAGUGAAGAAUAAGCAGUACUUCAAAAGGUACCAGGUUAAAUUCAAGAGGCGUCGUGAGGGAAAAACUGACUACUAUGCCCGAAAACGCCUGACCAUCCAAGACAAGAACAAGUACAACACCCCCAAGUACAGGUUGAUUGUUCGUUUGUCCAACAAGGACAUCACCUGCCAGGUUGCAUACUCCAGAAUUGAGGGUGACAAGAUUGCAUGCGCUGCAUACAGUCAUGAACUCCCAAGAUAUGGAAUCAAAGUUGGUCUUACCAACUACGCAGCUGCCUACUGUACUGGACUUCUCCUUGCCAGAAGGCUUCUCAAGAAGUUGGGUCUUGAUAAACUGUACACCGGCGUGACUGAAGUCACUGGUGAUGAGUACAACGUUGAGGAGCUUGACAAAGGCCCUGGUGCUUUCAAGUGCUACUUGGACACUGGUCUCAUGCGUACCACCACUGGUGCCAGAAUCUUUGGUGCCAUGAAGGGUGCUGUCGAUGGUGGUCUUAACAUCCCUCACAGCUUGAAGAGAUUCCCGGGUUACGACAAUGAGUCUAAGAGCCUAAACGCUGAUGUCCACCGUCAACACAUUUUCGCCCAGCACGUCGCCAACUACAUGAAGACUUUGGAAGAGGAAGACGAUGAUGCCUUCAAGCGCCAGUUCUCGCAAUACAUUAAGAACGGAAUCACCGCUGAUAACAUCGAAAGCAUGUACAAGAAGGCCCACGAAGCGAUUCGCGCCAAUCCCGAGCUACAGAAGGUCGAGAAGAAGGAACAAGCCAAGAAGAAGAGAUGGAACCGCGCCAAGCUCACCCUUUCCGAGCGCAAGAACCGCGUCGAGCAAAAGAAAGCCUCCUUCCUCAAGACCCUCGAAGGAGCCGAUGCAUAAGCAUUUCCACCUGUCUCUUAUACUUGUAUCCAGCAGUCUUUACGUGUCGAUUCGUGUAUUCGUUAUUUACUGCCUCGAUCCAAUGUAUUUUAUAAAUGUAACAUGGGUGCAUCAGUAUAAGAGUAAUAAAAUAUUAUGCAUUGACCACUA